AUGGGUUCCUGCUUUUCGAGUCCCUCCGAUGGGAAAAAGAUGAAGCGCACCGAUACCAACCCGGGCAAGAACAACACCGAGCUGCACCGCACCACCUCGUCCUACCAGGGCUCCGUCGCUGACGGCAUGCGCUACUCGGACCGCGCCGCCAACGCCGAGCGUGAUCGCCUUACCGCCUCGCAGCUUCACAAGUCCAAGACGCUCGAGGAGAGGAUUAGGCAGGCAGAGCGUGAGAACUCCGCAAGGAAUUAG